CCCUUCACACCCCGCAUAUCCAUAAUGGGACUCACAAAGUCGCCCAUGAGCGUUGAAGACCAUGGAGACGACACACCGCCGCUUCCGUCAUAUAUCGCUCGACACGUCAACCUAGGCUUCAACUCAGCUGACGUCGCUGCGCUUAUCAGCUCCAUUGACUCCAGCCAGAAACUGCAGACCUCGUCAGCGCCACACCUUCCCGCCGAGCUUGUGUUACAGGUCCUUGAAUAUGUACCCAUAGACCAUGUUCUCGACUGGCGACUUAUAUGCCGUGGCUUCCGCGACGCAAUCGACGGACGCAUACUGUUCCAUUAUCUGCAGAGGACACAGUUGAUCGGCUAUUUGGGGUCAAGACACUCUCGUCACAUGGAAAACUUGAUCGAGGAGCAUUAUGAGCAAAUACACCUGUUACGUGCAAGCUUCCAGCGCAUUGAAAAGGCCAGCGGGUGCGAGCCAGGUGCACAGCGGCCAUUGCCCGUCUGGAGCGGCACACAUGCCAUCUUUCAGAUCGAGGACAAAUGGUUCUCGUCGUUCCGGCGACUAGGCGGGGCUGCAGCGAGGGGUGGGGAUACAAUUGAGGAUGCAGAUACGCAAUGGCUAAGUACGCUGGACAGACUGGGGCUGCGUCGGACAGAGGAAGGGUUUGGUACGUUGAGGUGGUGCAUCAAAUUGGACCAUUCAGUGCUAGACAUGGACUUCCCUCUCGAAUCGGGUCGAAACACCUUCGAUGUCGAUGUGCGCCUAAAUACAAAGAGUAUACGAGUUAGCUGGAAGGAUAUGCUCUUUCGAUUCUUGAAAACGGAAACAACACUCAGACGGAUGAUGGAGGAGAAACGCGACUCGCUUUUCACUUUUGGUCACGCUGAAGACUGUCUUCGCGCGGUCCGUCGCCAACGACUGCAAUCGACUUUGAAUCCUGAUAACAACAUCGACAGGCACCUCAGAUGGUCGCUGCGCCUAUUGCAUCCUUUGUUUGGAAAACCUCGCCAUCAACACCACGUCCCUCUCGAAGACGUCGAAAGUGAUGCAAUUAAUCUCUUACUUCUCCUUCGCCGCGAGGCCGCCAUGACCUCUCGUCAGCUUGCCUACCUGCGUCAACUAGCUUUAGAUUACGAGGCCAUGGACACGGAUAUCCAAGAGCUCGAUCAAGAUUUUGAUGAUUUCAAAAGUCAUCUGUCCCUGCCUGGCUUUGAACUUAGCCACUCGUUGCCAGCGCUGAGCCCUCGCACACUACCCCGUAACCCGAUAUCUUGGCCUGACGAUUUGAUGGCAAUGGUUGAGGAGCAGGUGGGGAAGUGGAAGUUGCAAAAGAAUACCAUUGAGCAGAUGAAGACUCUAUUGAGCGCCUCAAAUAUCAGGCUGACACUGCCUGAGGACAGUUUCGAUGAUUUGGGUAGUGACUUUUGA